UCGAACAAUUUUCAUUGAUGAUUAAUAGUAAGAUAAGAGGUGCACUUGAAUUAAUAACAAUAACAAAUGUAGACGGAUAGUCAAUCUGUUCAACUCAGCAUAAAUUCUUCAAAAUGUCCACGCCCGAUUGGAAUGGUUUUCAAUUGUCUGGCUAUAUCUUACCCGAUAUUGCGUUGGAAAAUGUACUUGCCUCAGUGCCGAUUAAGGAAAUAUUGAAAUUGCGCCAGGUAUGUCAAGUGUGGCGAGAUAUAACUUUACGACGCACUUUCUGGAAAAUUGUGUUCGAACGGAACGGAAUGGAUUGGGAAUCAGUACCCCUACAUAUAAAGGAGCGUGAAAAAUCAUGGAUCGCUUUCUAUGUUGCGUGUAAGGAUCGAAUUUUUCAGCGAAGUUUCAUUCUGAAUCAUUCCGGCCAUCAACAAUUUGACCAUUGGCAAAAGCUACAAAACGGUGGAAACGGAAUCAUAGUCGAAACACCUCCCGUUUGCAUUGAGCCUUUACCAAGUGAAGCGAAGUAUUCCGGUCAGAUUGAUAGUGCUUUCGUUUAUUCCUACGACUGGAGUGUUUUGCAACAGAAAGUGAUACUCAAAGAUAUUGGACUGACCAAGGAAGUCAUGCGAACCAUUAUGCCAUUCCAGUUUGUAGCCACUCAAAUGAUUGGCACCCGUUGGGAUUGUGGCGGUAGCUUCUGUGUUGUUCUGGGUUUACUAGACGGAAGGGGUGAAGCACUAUCAUUCACCAUGUCCGACAUCAUAAUUCCGGCCGGUGAAAAUUGGCUCGAAAGCACUUGCUCAUUGAAUGUUAUCGACGAAUUCGAUCGAUUCGACGACGUCAAAUCAUUUGUCAUUUUGAUUUGUGGCAAAGACACUCAAUAUUGGGCGGGUCAUUACGGGACGAAGUGCUCGAGGAUUGCGGUAAAUUUGAAGUGUUUGUCACCGAUGGAAGCUGAAAGUGUUACGCCGCACUCAAAAUACGUAACGAAUCCGCAGAACGCCCACAUAUUUCUGGGAAACUUUUGGCAAAGUCUUUUGCCGAGGCGGUCGAUGGGUAGAUGUCCGUACAGUCGAACGCCGAGGUAUUAAUUUAGUUCAAUUCGAUAUCUUGUAUUGUGUAUAGGAAGGUAAACGUUUAUCUGUAUUUUUAUAUGAAGAGGAACAUCGAAACUUCGAUAAGUUAUUGUCAGAGGUAGAACUUCUUUUCAAGGCAAAUAAAUAGUUUUUGUUGCUAGUUGUA